UUGAUCUCUAACAAACAGCUGUUACGGCUGUAGAGAGAAAAAAGGAGAAAGAUCAGGAGUGGGAGCAGCAAUCCGACCCCUGCAGCAGAUUUACCAUGAACACCUACCUCUUUGUGUAUGACUUAAUGCAGUUCUGUGGACAUUCAUGGAUAUUUACAAAUAUGAUCAUCAGGUUCAUGUCAUUUGGAAAAGAUUCGUUGGCUGACACAUUUUACUCCAUAGGACUUGUAAUGCGUCUUUGCCAGCUGUUUUCUCUACUGGAGAUCCUACACAUCCUUAUUGGCAUUGAUAAAAGCCGUCUCUUCCCUAGGUUUCUGCAGAUCACUGAGAGAAUAAUCGUCCUGUUUGUUGUGAUCAACAGUCAGGAAGAAGUUCAAGGAAAAUAUGUUGUGUGUGUUUUAUUUUUCCUUUGGAAUUUGCUAGAUGUGGUCAGGUACACAUACAACAUGUUAUCAAGGAUGGGAAUACACUACCUGCCACUGACAUGGCUCAACUUCUCACUGUGCAUCCCACUCUAUCCCCUUUCAGUUCUGGCUAAAGCAUUUGCAAUUUGUGUAUCCCUGCCUUAUUUUGAAUCCUUUGGCACAUACUCCACCAAGCUACCAUUUCCAUUCACCUUCUCAAUCUACUUCCCCUAUGUUCUGAAGAUGUACCUGCUAGUGCUCUUUGUAGGUAUGUUCUUUAUCAUCCAAAACCUCUUCUCUGAAAGGAAGACACACCUUGGGACAGGCAACAUUAAAAAAAAAAAGAAGCUAAGAUGAUAUUUUGUUUGGAAAUUAAUAUAUUCCCGGUGGGUUGCUGUAUAUCACAGGUUAAAAUGAACUUAGACAAAGGUUUUCAAUGCAAAACUGUUUUCAUGUAAAAUAUCUGACUGUAUAGCAUUUUCAGAAAAGGCAGUCUUUUUAAUGC